GCCCGCCUCUGGUGGUGCUGCAAUAGUGGAAAAAGAAACAUGGGACAUCAAAAAGCAUGGAACACAAGCAGGAGAUUCGCUGGUAUGGCUCUGCUGAUGCUUCUGCAGGCGGUGAUGGAUGUCAAGCCGAACGAGGCCCCCAGAGUAUGCGGGAAGCAGGGAUCUAUGGACCGGAUCAUAGGAGGAAACGAUUCCAAGAAGGGAGAAUGGCCGUGGCAGGUUAGCAUCAAGAUGAAUGGGGAACACCACUGCGGAGGAUCUCUCGUUACAGACCAGUGGAUCAUCACAGCAUCACACUGCUUUAAACUGUUCAGUGAACCAUCCAAUUUCUCUGUGUUGCUCGGAGCUCGAAAACUCUCCGAUCCAGGCCCUUCUUCCAUCACGACCCCCGUGAAGCAGAUUAUCCUCAACCCAGAGUACGAGGGAGAUCUGAGGGUCGGGGACAUUGCCCUGGUGAAACUGGAGCAGCCGGUGAAUUUCUCCAAACGGAUCCUCCCCAUCUGCGUCCCUGAUGCCAGCGUUGACUUCCCCCCGGGUCACCAGUGUUGGGUCACUGGCUGGGGCGACCCCAAAGGAAGAGCGAACCACCGCACCUCUGAUACGCUUCAGAAGCUCGAAGUCCCCAUCAUAAGCACAGAAAAGUGCAAUGCCCUCUACCACAUGGACUCCGGGGAGCCCGUACGGGCACGGGACGUCAAAAGCGGCAUGCUGUGUGCUGGCUAUGCCGAAGGGGGGCGCGAUGCUUGCCAGGGCGAUUCCGGAGGACCGCUGGCCUGCCAGAUGGAUGAGACUUGGCUCCUCGCAGGCGUGGUGAGCUGGGGAGAAGGAUGCGCGCAGAGGAACCGUCCCGGCGUUUACACCCGCCUCACCUACUACCAGCAAUGGAUACAGAGCCAUAUACCAGAACUGGGGUUCACGAGCCCAGGGGUCAAAGGUCACAAGCCAACGGGGAAUAGCAAAAACGCCGGCAACGGCGCCUCGGCUUUCACUUUGGGUCUUGCUUCUGUGAUCGUAGGCUCCAUCUUUUUGGCGGUGUCUUCUGAGUAUAUUCUUUAGAGGAGCACACAUGUCUUCUUCCUCGGGAUGAACUCUGCUCACCCUGUAGCUUGGGAGAGGAUGAUGCCCACCAUAACUGCCAGAUGGAAGAAGAUUCAGGCUCUGCUACUGGAAAUCCCAAAGUAUUCGCUGAACCACAAACUCCUCAGUACCGACACGCCAGAGAUUUGCAGAAACUGAUGGAACUUUUUCAUUAUUAUUUUUUCCCCCUUUGGGGGACUUGAUCCUUUACCCCAGGAGGUGAUUUUGCUCCAAGGGAUUGGAACAGAAGGACUUACAAUACAAUAUUGUCUGAAUAGCUUAGAGGGAACAGGGGCCUAUCUAAUUCAAAUGUGGGGUUAUCCAGGUAGGAUUCCUGAGUUCCAGCUCUGGAUGCAGGGGCUCAGCUGGGAAAGGGAAUUGCAAGCUGGGACUCCAGAAUUCUGCCCCAAGCUAGAGGAAGAGGCCAAAAGUUGAACUGUUCCAUGGAUCAGGAUUGUGAGUCUUUAACAGCUCAAUAGCAGGGAACUGUGGCUCAGGGAACAGAGCAGAUGAUUGGCAUGUGGAAGGUCCCAAAAUCAGUCCCUGUGACUUUCAGUCAAAGGAUCUCAGGUAGCAAAUGUUGUGGAAUAUCUUUCUCUUUCAGCAAGUCACUCUCAUUCUGAGUAGGAAUAUGAAGCAAGAUGAACUAGCAGUUUCCAUAUGUAUUAUAUUAUGUACUGUUUAUUUAGGGGUCCCCAGCACAAUGCCACAGAGCCUGCCAAUAGUUUUCUUGGCGCGUGCCAAGUGUUUUUUUCAAAAGUGGGUGGGCCACUGGAGAUCUCCCAUCGGAGACUGUUUCUGAGCUAGCUCAAGGGAUAUAUUUGUGCCUAUGCAAGAAAUACUUUAAAACCAUUUGUUCGUUUUAAAAAGAAUCCCCACGGCACAGAUUGGUAAUCUGCAGCACUGCUCUGCUCACAACCUGAGUUCGAGCCCGACUGAAGUCGUUUUCAGAUAACCGGCUCAAAGUUGACUCAGCCUUCUAUCCCUCUGUCAGUAAAGUCUGCUCGGACAGAUUUUGAGUGGUCAUUUCUUUGUUUCCUUACCGUUUAAGAACAUGCAGACAUUCUUGGAGCAGCAGUGGCGUAGUGGCUAAGAGCAGUGGCUAAGAGCAGGUGCACUCUGAUCUGGAGGAACCGGGUUUGAUUCCCAGCUCUGCCGCUUGAGUUGUGGAGGCUUAUCUGGG